CGGCCGGGCGGGCGGGCGGAGGGCAGGCGCUUGCGGCAGCCGAGUCGCGCUCCCUGGGCCGCCGCCGCCGCCGCCGCCGCCUCGCGCCAGCAGCUCGGCCGGCAGCGGCAGGAGCUGCCGAUCAUGAGGAGCCGAGCCGAGGCGUGGAGGGGAGGCCCCGGUCACUGGCGCCCGUGAACCGCAGCAGCUGCAGCCGGCGCUCCAGGCGGGAUGCCCUUCUCCUAGGGGCCGACUGCCCCCCCCGCGGCCCUCGCCCCACCCGAUGCGCCGCCUGCCCCCGGGGCCCUUCAGGAACCCUCUUGGGAAGGAGGCCGGACUCUCUUUGGAGACGCUUCCGAUCGGGGCUGCCGGAGAAGCCCAAGAAGCAGCCGCCGCCGCCUGGGCAGGGACACCAUGGAGGACUUCACCACCAGGACCUACGGGACCAGAGGCUUGGAUAACCGGCCUCUUUUCGGAGAGACGUCGCCGAGGGACAGAAUAAUCAAUUUUGCCGUUGGCAUCGUAGCUUCCUUGUUGCUUCUAGUCACUUUAAUCAGUGCUUUCGUCUUUCCUCACCUACCUCCAAAACCAGUGAAUAUAUUUUUUGCUUUCUGCAUCUCCUUGAGUUGUGUUUCGGCUGGCAUUCUUAUCUAUUGGUAUCGACAAGGAGACCUCGAGCCCAAAUUUAGGAACCUCAUCUACUACGUUUUGUUCUCGAUCAUCAUGCUUUGUAUAUGUGCCAACCUCUACUUCCAUGAAGUGGGGAAAUGAACUUUCCUAGGGUGAAGGUGGGGACGGCGUCCAGGCGCUCCUGAGGUCGCGUUUUUCCGCCCUGCUAGCUGGAGAGAGGACCAGGAGGGCCUCCUCACAACGCCCAGGGCACAGAGCCGGGAAGGAAGACCUGGAGGAAGGUUCACGGAGGUGUAUUUUGCCGGUUCUUCCUUCACCAGUGAGGUGAAGUAGUGCAGUACAACAAGAACAUUGCUUUAGGGGAUUGUGGGGAGGGAGGGGGUGGUGGUGAGCCACACAAUCGCUACUACUGCACUUAAUGAACAUUCCAGUUGUACGACGCUUGUGUUUUUUAAGAGUGGCACACCCUUUUUUCUCCCCCCGUUGUGUGGGGGGGAAAAAACACGGCCUUUUUUUUAAUUAUUACUACACUGUACAAAAAAAGAACCCCGCCCUCAGCACUGCAAAUGUCUAUACUACAUUAUAAAUAAAAAGGCAUCUACUAUGACA